GUUUCCUUGAUUGUGGAUGGUCAGAGACAAAAUGGUAAGGAAGCAAUACCAGAGGUAUGGUUAUCUAUAAAUAAUUCAGUAUCAGCUAUUGAUUUAUCCAACUCUGUAGUGAAUCAACAAAAUAAUACCAACACUAAGUCAAUGGAAGAGGUACUAAAAUUAUCAGAUAAGAAAAUAGAUGAUUUUAUUCCUGAAGAACCAAUACCAAAG